CACCGCAGAGUUGCGGCUGCCGUCUCCGCUUGUUCGAGACAGCAACCCUAGGAAAAAGUACUGAUAAGAGGCAAUUGAGAUCAAGGGAGAAUCGCGGGAGGCCGAGCUUUAGCCCUCGUCACCGUUCUCACUGCUUCCGCGCAUCGCGACGCGCGUGUUUCUGGUACUCGAACAUCGUAGUAUAGCGCCAUGAGCGAGGUAACUUAUCUGAACUCGUGAAGAGAGAGAAGGAAACCUCGAGAUCGAGAGUCGAUUAGGUAAAAGUCGACGGGACAUUUGGGCGUGGAAGAAUAGGACGUACUCUCUGGUCUCCGAUCAUUAUCUCUGGUCGCUGCCUUGUUUUUCCGUUGCACUGUUGCUACUGCUGUUCUUCCUGACCUGAAAAGAAGAGGAGGAUAUUAUAGUUGUAACUAUGGAUGAGAGGCAUCUUGAAACUAGGCAUGAUCGUCGUGAAGAGAGGGCUGAUCCUGAUGAUUCUCCAAGAGUAGCUGAUGAUUUGGGGCUAAAUGGUGUUGAAAAGUCUAGCAAGCAUUCUGGGAGAGAGAAGGAUAGGAAGAGAAGUACCAGAGGAGAUGACAAAGACAAAGACAAGGAUCAUAGAGCGAAAGACAGAGAUAGAUCUAGGAAGACUAGGGAUGAUGUUUCAUCCGAGAAGUUCACUGAGCAAGGCAAAGAUAGGAGCAAGGAUGUCAAGGCAAAGGAUAAAGAUCACGAUCAGGACAAAUCUAGAGAGAAGGAGCGUGAACGAGAUAAAGAUAAGGAUAAAAAGGACCGAGGGAAGGAAAAGGAUAGAGAAAGGGAGAGAGAGACUGAUAAAGAGAGGGGUAAUGAGAAGACUAGGGAUAGGGACCGAGCAAAGGAUAAGGAAAGAGAGAAAGCGAAUGAAAAGCCUAAGGAUCGAGAUAAGCUAAAAGAAAAUGAGAAAGAUGGGGAGAAAGAUAAGGGACAAGAGAAGACUAAAGAAAGAGAAUUACACCAAGGUAAAGAACGGUCAAGGGAUAGGGAUGGAAGCAAAGAUGACAUCCGAGAAGAUCUUGGGAGGCCCAAGGAUGACAGAAUUCCAGUGGACCGGGGACAUGAUGGACAUAGAGGAAAAGUGACUUUCCGUGAGGAAGAGCAGCAAAAUGAUGAUCGCUCUUCCAGUGGAGGACAAAGUUCUCACAGCUUUUCCUUUCUCCUUCAACUAGUAAUCAAUGUUCAUAUUUCUUGCAUUACUUAGAAUGAAAGAAGAAAGAACAAGGAAAACAGAUACUGGUUCAGAAAUCCUGUCUUGGGUCAGCAGUAACCGUAAGCUCGAGGAGAAAAGGAAUGCUGCAAAGGAAAAAGCCAAGAGGCUGUCAAAAAUUUUCGAGGAGCAGGAUAACAUUGGUGAAGAAGGAAAUGACGGUGAAGACCAUUCACAACUUGACAGAUGAUUUAGCUGGAGUUAAAGUCCUAGAUGGCCUUGACAAGGUAAUAGAAGGUGGAGCAGUUGUUUUGACUCUUAAAGAUCAGAGUAUUCUUGCUGAUGGCGAUAUCAAUGAUGAGGUCGAUAUGCUUGAAAAUAUCGAAAUUGGGGAGCAGAAGCGCCGAAAUGAGGCGUACAAGGCUGCGAAGAAGCCAAAGGGCACCUAUGAUGACAAAAGGUUCAAUGACGACCCUAUGGCUGAGAAAAAGAUGCUUCCUCAAUACGAUGAACCAGAAGAUGAGGGACUUACUUUGGAUGGUAGGGGACAUUUCAGUGGUGAAGCAGAGAAAAAACUGGAGGAGUUGCGUAGGAGACUACAAGGUGGUUCCACUAAUAAUCGUACAGAAGAUCUGAACUCAUCAGGAAGAAUCUCGUCUGAUUACUAUACUCAAGAUGAAAUGGUUCAGUUUAAGAAGCCAAAGAAAAAGAAAUCCCUGAGGAAGAAGGAUAAGUUGGAUAUAAAUGCUCUUGAAGCAGAAGCCAUCUCCACAGGGUUAGGCACUGGUGAUCUUGGUUCUAGGAAUGACAGUAGAAGGAAGGCCAGAGAAGAGCAAGAGAGAUCUGAGGCAGAAAAGAGAAAUGCUGCAUAUCAGUUAGCUUUAGCAAAAGCAGAGGAAGCAUCUAAAGCAUUACGAUUAGGACAAACAGUUUCUGCUGUUGCUGAUGAGGAAGCCAAUGAUAUGGGUAUGGACGAGGAUGAAGACGAUUAUCUCCACAAAUCUGUUGAAAGAGCAAGAAAGUUGGCUCUGAAAAAACAAGAGAAGGCUCUAGUUGGCCCUGAAGCAAUUGCUCGUCUUGCCACCACCAUUAGGAACAGUCUGACAGCUGAUGAGCAAAACCCUGCAACUGAAGAAUCACAAGAAGGCAAGGUUGUCUUCACUGAGAUUGAAGAGUUUGUUUGGGGUCUGCAGCUUGAUGAAGAUGCCCACAAGGCUGAUGCCGAAGAUGUUUUCAAUGAUGAAGAUGAUGCAGUAGUAGCUACUCAUGAGCAUAUGGAAGUUAAGGCCGGUGGGUUGCCCGAAGUAAAUGAGACAGUUAAAGAUGAAGACACUACGAUGGAGGAUGCAAAAGAGGUAGCUCCAGAUGAGAUAAUUCAUGAAGUUCCUGUUGGUAGAGGUUUAUCAGGUGUAUUGAAGCUGCUCCACGAGCGAGGGUCCCUGAAAGAAAGCAUUGACUGGGGUGGUAGAAAUAUGGAUAAGAAAAAGAGCAAGCUUGUUGGCAUUGUAGACACUGAUGACGCGAAGGACAAGGACAAGGGCAAGGAGAAGAAUAAGGAUAAGGAUAACGAUCGGUUUAAGGAUCUUCGUAUUGAGAGGAGAGAUGAAUUUGGGAGAAUCAUGACACCGAAAGAGGCAUUUAGGAAGAUCUCUCAUACAUUCCAUGGCAAGGCCCCUGGGAAAAUGAAGCAAGAAAAGCGGAUGAAGCAAUAUCAGGAAGAACAGAAGUUGAAGCAAAUGAAGAAUUCAGAUACACCUUCAUUGUCCGUGGAGAGGAUGAGGGAAGCUCAGGUGCAGCUACAGACACCAUACCUCGUUCUUAGUGGUCAUGUGAGACCUGGGCAAACGAGCGAUCCAAGGAGUGGUUUUGCAACGGUAGAAAAGGAGUUUCCUGGGGGAUUAACUCCAAUGCUUGGUGACAAAAAGGUUGAGCAUUUCCUGGGGAUAAAACGCAAGCCUGAGCACCGGGAUGACAGCGCGCCUAAGAAGCCCAGAACUUGAUUAAACUUCCAUCACUUGCUGCUACAUUACGACCUGGUUAUUGCUCGCCGUUUUCUCUUAUGACUUUAAACAUGUUAUGAUUACCAGUGAAUUCUGAAAGUUCAGUUGCACCAAAUUUUUGCAGAGAUGGGAUGGUAUUUGGGUAAACUUUGCUGAUACUGUUGUCUGCAGUGCCCAUAGACAAUGUUGCUGCAGUAAAUACUAAAUAGUAAGUUUCAACUGAAAGAUUUUUUGUUCUUUCCCCGUCUCAAAUUGCUUUAGUUUGCCUGGUAUUUGAGCUUUGCUGAUACUGAGGUGUGGCCCUGUGGGAGUGAGAUUCUCUGGCUGCUGAUGCGGCCGAAUUCAUCGAGCUAGCUUAGUUCUGUUUGAUGUUUCCACCACGUGCUGCUCAAUAGGUCAUAGUGUUGAAUCUGUGGUGGAUAAUUAGGCAAAGUCUAUCAAGUUCUAUCUUGUGCAUUAUUUUACCAUUGGACACCAUCAAUAGUGAAUAUAGAGGUUACUAACAAGUGGCUGCAAAGUCGUCAUCCCACUUUGAUCAGUGGUGCUGUACUAAUGUCGUCUUUCCCACUAGGGGUUGCAUCCAAUUUCCUCCACUUUCUAAGGUCCUCCCUGUAGGAAUAGGAUGCUGACAAACAAAGGAAAUCCUAUAUCUGGGACGGUUGUUACAUUUUAGCCUUUCAAUCUGGAUUUCUGUUUUAUGGACAGGACAGGUCGAAGUUGGAAAUUACUUGCAGUUGUCAAAUUGUGUGUUUUGGUUCUUUUCAAGUUUUUGGUUUCAGUUGCUUUCUUUUCCCUGUUUUCAGAGUGACCUAAUGUCG